AUUAGAUAAGCGUUUUCAAAUUAUAGGAGUCGGCGACCAAUAGAAGGUCUUUCUUACCAAGUGGUAGGAGUCGGUGCUUUGAUUUCAUUGGCCGCACAGUCGUAGCUGAAACUUAUACGGCCAUGCAAAUCUACCUUUAGUCUUGCUGUACAACUUCUUUUCCGGAGCGUCGUGUGCUCUUCCGGUUCUCGUUUUCUGAACGGUGCCGCUUUUCGGAGUAACGAGAUGAAGUUUAACAGUUUAGUGACUUCCUCAAGGAGGAAAAACAGGAAGCGGCAUUUCACAGCUCCAUCUCACAUUCGGAGGCGGCUCAUGUCUGCUCCUCUCUCAAAAGAGCUCAGACAGAAGUACAAUGUCCGUUCUAUGCCCAUUCGCAAGGAUGACGAAGUUCAGGUUGUACGAGGCCACUACAAAGGGCAACAGGUUGGCAAAGUUAUCCAAGUUUACAGGAAAAAGUUUGUCAUCUACAUUGAGAGGAUUCAGAGAGAAAAGAUGAACGGCGCUAGUGUUUACGUUGGCAUUGACCCCUCAAAGACUGUUAUUGUCAAGUUGAAGAUGGAUAAGGAUCGCAAGAAGAUCAUUGACCGAAGAAGCAAGGGACGUCUUGCUGCACUUGGCAAGGACAAGGGCAAAUACAGUGAAGAGAGCGCUGCUGCUAUGGAAACGUCGUAAAACUUCAAUCUGACCACUUCGCCCUUUUCUUUAAUAAAAAAAUAUGUAUUAUUUCAAAUACUACAGUUUUGACUGUAAUCGAAAUAAUAUUAAAAAAAAAGAUUAAAAAACUA